AUGGCCGUCCCUGAGACUCAGAAAGCUCUCCUUGUGAAGGAGAUCGGAAAGCCCCUCGUCCUCGUGACAGACUGGCCUAUCCCACAACCUGGGCCAAAUCAAGUACAGAUCAAGAUCACCGUGGCUGGAAUCAACCCCCACGAUCAACGAUCCCGAGAUCUCGGUAUCCCUAUCGCGAACGACCUCCCCGCUGUACUGACACACGAUGUGGUCGGUAAAGUCACCAAGCUAGGGGAAUACGUCACUGGACUCACAAUCGGUGACCGUAUCGUGACAAUGGCAAGUCUCAACCCUGGCUCUCGCCAGAAUGGCCUUCAGGAAUACGCUGUCGCCGAUAUCAAAAUGCUUGCGAAGAUUCCCGAGUCUAUUUCCGACAACGAGGCCGCGACUUUACCGGUGAAUACGAUUGCGCCUCUGGCAGGAUUAUUUGGAAAAUUGAAGCUGCCAGCCCCAUGGUCUUCGGAUAUUCCGAAAUCCCAACGUGAUUCUACUACCGUCUUGAUUGUCGGUGGAGGCUCUAGCUGCGGUAAAUUCGCAGUACAGUUACUUCGACUUGCGCGAAUCGGCCAGAUUAUUGUUGUCGGUGGUGAUCAGGCGGAGCUGGAGGGACUUGGUGCUACGCAUGUUGUUGAUCGCCACGGCUCUCAGGAUGAGGUCCUUGGACGAAUCAGAGCCCUGGUCGGUGAUGAAUUGGUCUAUGCCUUAGACGUUAUCAACCCACCCGAGGGUCAGUUUUUGGCCGUGAACGCACUCUCCAGUUACAAGAAAGGCAGCUUGGCGCGUUUACUCCUUGGCCCCUUCGAUGAGUCUAGGGUCCAGGGGAAGAAGGCUGGCUUCGAGGUGAUCAAUGUCUACAGUGCAAUUGGAGAGGAAGGGGUCUGUGAAGCAUUCUGGGCACAUCUGCAUGAGUACCUUUCGACGGGAGAUUUCAAGCCGCUGGGUUACACGGUGAAGAAUGGCCUGUCUGCGGAGAUUGUCAAUGAGGUGUUGGAUGCCUAUCGGGAUGGGAAAAAAGUUACAAAGACACAUCUCCUUUUCUAG